AUGGAAGAUUACCCACGGAUCUUGGAGUAUGAAAUCGAUGGAGAAGAAAAGGAACUCAUCAUCUAUCAGGUAGGAAACUUUGCAGGAACUUUGAAAAACCCAAAAAACUUUCCAGGAAGUGAUAAGCGAUGUGGGUGGAGUUGUAUGGGAUUCGGCUCUAAUGGCAACAUAUUAUUUCAUAAAAAAUCAUCGAAAAUGGCAGGAAAAGACGGUUUUGGAAUUGGGAAGUGGUACAGGGAUUUGUGGAAUAGCGUUAGCAGCCCUGGGAGCGCAAAAAGUUAUUGCAUCUGACCUGGAAAAUCAAAUAAACCUGCUGAAUCGGAAUAUAAAAGCGAAUAAUUUAUCAAAUAUCGAAUCCAGAGCCCUAGACUGGACAAAAGAUGCUCCACCACGCAAUCUGGAUCUUCUCCUAGCCGUGGAUUGUAUAUAUUACCUCUCCUCAAUAUUCCCACUUAUCGAUUUUCUCAAAAACUCGGAUGCCAAGGAAAUUUUAAUCGUCAGCGAGAAGCGUGACAUUGGCGAAGCUUCCAGAGCUCAAAAUUUGUUUUUCGAGAAAAUCGAGGAGUUUUUUAAUGUGAUAAAUGUGCCAAAAUGUGAAUUUGAUAAGCAUUUCUAUGCGGAUGAUAUUAUUUUUGUGAAUUUGAUUAAAAAAUGA